AUGGAUGUGAGAGAACUGAUUAAUCCAGAGCAAGGCUGUCUAGUAUUCCCUAACAAAUUAAAGGACAUGAUGGGGUUUACGUACAAAAUUGUUGCAUAUAGUCAGGAACCGAAAGUCUUUGUCAGCAACAAUACAGUUUUCUCAUCCAAAGUUCUAUUCAUUGAUGCUGUUAUUCAGCACCAAAAUGCAAGCUUCAAACUCUUUUCUACUAAAAAUUUAGGAAAAAUUAAGUCACUUUGGAUGAGUAGAAAUUAUCAUCUGUUUAUAAGCUACGGAAUCGUUAUCAAUAUGGAUGUGCCAAAAUUGCAGAUUUAUGAGGAAAAUGGAUACUGCGCAUUAGUUCCAUUACGACCAAAAAUUCCAGUUUUUAAGUCAAUCUUUGUCGAACCGUUUGAUAGACUCACUUGGUUGUUCCUGGCUCUCACUAUGGCAUGUUCUGUUUUUGUCUUUUGGAUGUUUGGUGGUCGUGGUGCUGUCGAUUCUCCUUGGCUACUUGCUUAUGGCAUAUUUGUCAUGUUCAUCGGUCAAGGUGUCAAUUUUAGUCGACGGAAUCGUUUAGUGCUGACCAUUCUCUUGCAGUUGAUCAUUUUUAUGAUUUGGGUACUAAGCAACGCAUACGGAGGAAUCUUGACAUCCUUCAUGAUCGAGCCAAUCCAAGAAGAACGACUCUUGACAUUUGAUGACUUAGUUGCCUCAAAUUACAAAAUUAUGACUGAUGAAUUAUUUGCGAGAAUGAUAUCAGGUUCUGAUUCUUAUAAGAUUUUAAAGCCACGAUUAAAUACAUCUCUGGUAUUGAUGACUAGUGAACUUAGUGAAGAACUUGCUCGAAAGUUUUACGUAUUUAUCAUGACUUGCGAUCAAGCUGAAAUGAUCAUUGAUAAGGAACUUAUAAGAGAAAAUAAGACAGUCUCAAAAUUCUAUUAUUUGUUGCCGGAAAAGUUCAUGCCUUUCCUGAUACAGCUUGAAGCUAGUUACUUAAAUCCAUUUUUAGAACGGUUUCAGUAUUACAUGGACUUAUCAUUUCAAGCUGGCUUGCCAUAUAUUUGGGAAGUUUUUUACUCAAAACUAUAUGAAAUGCCAUUUGGAUAUAAUCAUCAAAAUGUCAAUGUCUAUUUCCAACUUAAUGAUCUAACCCAAGUCUUUAGCAUCCUUAUUAUUGGUAAUGUGCUGUCUGCACUAGCGUUUCUCAUUGAGAUCUUCUUUCAUGACAUCCUAGCGAAAUUAAAUCUAUCUUAUCUUGCACGAAAGUUGAGAAAUCGAGUACAUCAGCUGGCAUAUAACAAGAAGAAGCAGCCAAAGCAUCCAAAAUAUCAAAAAGGUGCACUUUACUACAUCAUUCAUCGACACAAAAGAGUCAAGAGAUUGAAGGCUAGAAAGUUGAAAGUUCGAAGAAUUUAUGUGCAGCCUAGGUUCCCUAUGGAUUAA